AUGCCUCGCGCGCCGCGGCCGCGGCCGGCCGAGCGUUACCGGCAGCGCUGGCGCCGGCUGCGCCGCGCGGCGCGGGCGCUGGUGCUGGAGAACGGCGCGCUCUGCGACGAGGUCGCCCGGCUGGAGGCCAAGUGGCUCCGAGCCCGCGGCCAGCGGCGAUUCCUGCUCGGACGCCUGCUCGGACACCGCGCCCGAGCGGCCGGAGAGGCGGUCAAGCGGCCGAGGAGGGCGCGGGCGGCUCCGGCCAGGGGGAGGGGGGGUGGGGGGAGGGGUGAGCAGUGGUCGGUGGGGUCCAAGGAUGACCGGUGGUCAUCGGGGUCGAAGAAUGACCAGUGGUCAUCUGGGGGAAGAGCUGGGUCAAAGGAUGACCAGUGGUCAGAGGGGUUGAAGAGUGACCAGUGGUCAGCGGGGUCCAAGAGUGACCAGUGGUCAUCCGGCUCCAAAAAUGACCAGUGGUCAUCUGGAGGAAGAGCUGGAUCCAAGGAUGACCAGUGGUCAUCCGGCUCGAAGAGUGACCAGUGGUCAGCGGGGUCCAAGAGUGACCAGUGGUCAUCCGGCUCCAAAAAUGACCAGUGGUCAUCUGGAGGAAGAGCUGGAUCCAAGGAUGACCAGUGGUCAGCUGGUGGAAGACCAGUAGGGUCAAAGGAUGACCAGUGGUCAUCGGGGUCCAAGAGUGACCAGUGGUCAGCGGGGUCCAAGAGUGACCAGUGGUCAUCUGGAGGAAGAACGGCCCCCAAGGACGACCAGCGGUCAGCAGGAGGAAAACCAGCGGUCUCCACGGAUGACCAGUGGUCAUCUGGCUCCAGAGCGACGUCCGGCGGGCUCCGGCCGCUCCAGGAGCCUCGUCCGGCCCGAGAUGACCGCAAGGCCAACGCCGACGGCUCGGGACGGCGGCGCGGCCGCCAGGAGGAGGAGGAUGACCGCGAGGAGGAGGAAGAUGACCACGAGGAGGAGGAGGAUGACCACGAGGAGGACGAGGAUGACCACGAGGAGGAGGAGGAUGACCACGAGGAGGACGAAGAUGACCACGAGGAGGAGGAGGAGGAGGAGGAGGAGGAGGAAGGAGCCGCUCUGGCCUUUGGCUACUCCGACCUUUUCCUGGGUAGCCCCGCGGGCUCGGACGAGUGA